GCUAAUGGUCUAUCACGGAGAUUUUGAGAGUCAGACGAUCGAUCUUACUUCGGGAUCAUUCUGGUCGUCCGGUAUCAGAUCAAACCGUAUAACUUGCUUGCGGUCCAUCUGGUCUGACCAUCGAGUUAAGCCAAGCCUAAGUCAUUCCAGAAUCCUCUCUCUCUCUCUCUCUCUCUCACCCUUCAAGCUCCAACGUUAGUUCAGGUUUCCAUUUUCAUUUGAGCAAAUAGCAGUUCCGACUCACAGACCACGCUUCCUCAGGCACGGGCUUGAGGUCUAGGGUUUUAAGCUUAAGACACUUCCACAUUCCACCAUCUUCUCUUCAUCCUUGAUCACAGAAACAGCAUUUUUGUGUCUAGGGUUAGGGUUUCGAGCUUCAGAGUUUGCUUCCAAUGGCGUCCCCUGCAGUUCAACAGCCUCGCUCUGCCUCAUCCAAGACUGAGAGCUACGUCGACAACAAGCGCAAAGAAGACAUCCGCCGAGCCAACAUCGUCGCCGCCCGGGCAGUCGCCGAUGCCGUCCGCACCAGUCUCGGCCCCAAAGGCAUGGACAAGAUGAUCUCCACUGCCUCUGGCGAAGUUAUCAUCACCAAUGACGGUGCCACCAUUCUCAAUAAGAUGGAAGUCCUCCAGCCCGCUGCCAAAAUGCUCGUCGAGCUCUCCAAAUCUCAGGACGUCGUCGCUGGUGACGGAACUACUACUGUUGUGGUUAUAGCCGGUGCCCUCUUAAAGCAGUGCCUUUCUCUCCUCAACAAUGGCAUCCAUCCCACUGUCAUAUCCGAUGCUCUCCACAAGGCCUCUCUGAAAGCCGUUGAUGUGCUCACGGCCAUGGCCGUUCCUGUCGAGCUCUCUGAUCGGGAGUCGCUUAUCAAGUCUGCCAGCACUUCGCUUAACAGCAAAGUAGUCAGUCAGUACUCCACGCUUCUUGCACCUCUCGCCGUGGAUGCUGUUCUCUCUGUUGUAGACCCCGCCAAGCCUGAUCUUGUCGAUCUUCGUGAUGUCAAGAUUGUUAAGAAGCUUGGCGGCACUGUCGAUGACACUGAGCUUGUUAAGGGUCUGGUGUUCGAUAAGAAGGUUAGUCAUUCUGCUGGUGGUCCUACGCGUGUCGAGAAUGCAAAGAUUGCUGUUAUCCAGUUCCAGAUUUCGCCACCAAAGACCGACAUCGAGCAGAGUAUCGUUGUUUCGGAUUACACUCAGAUGGACAGGAUUUUGAAGGAGGAGCGUAAUUAUAUCCUGGGUAUGAUUAAGAAAAUUAAAGCUACUGGGUGUAAUGUUUUGCUGAUUCAAAAGAGUAUUUUGAGGGAUGCAGUGACAGAUCUUUCGUUGCAUUAUCUUGCUAAAGCGAAGAUUUUGGUGGUUAAGGAUGUUGAGCGUGACGAGAUUGAGUUCAUUACGAAGACUUUGAAUUGUCUACCAAUUGCCAAUAUAGAGCAUUUCCGUGAAGAGAAGUUGGGGCAUGCUGAUUGUGUCGAGGAGGUUUCACUUGGGGAUGGGAAAAUUGUGAAGAUUACAGGUAUUAAGGAUAUGGGGAGGACGACAACAGUGCUUGUUCGUGGUUCAAAUCUGCUGGUUAUUGAUGAAGCUGAACGGAGCUUACACGAUGCCCUAUGUGUUGUCAGAUGUCUGGUGAAUAAGAGGUUCUUGAUUGCAGGUGGUGGUGCACCAGAGAUAGAGCUGUCGAGGCAGCUUGGUGCAUGGGCAAAGGUCUUGCAUGGGAUGGAGAGUCACUGUAUCCGCUCGUUUGCGGAGGCUCUGGAAGUUAUUCCAUAUACUUUGGCAGAAAAUGCAGGCUUGAACCCGAUAGCCAUUGUUACCGAGCUCCGGAAUCGCCACGCCCAGGGAGAGAUCAAUGCGGGUAUCAAUGUGAGGAAGGGACAGAUCACGAACAUAUUGGAGGAGAAUGUGGUACAGCCUUUGCUUGUCAGCACUAGUGCCAUCACAUUGGCAACAGAGUGUGUGCGGAUGAUUUUGAAGAUAGAUGACAUAAUCACUGUGAGGUAGAUAAGAUUACAAUAUGAGGUCAACAGGACAACAGACAGCAAAAAAUGUUUUGAUCUUGCUGUCUUUUAGUUUGUGUGCUUAAGAAUUUAGUGGUCUUUUUGUGUCUCUUUUGAAAGCGAGUAUGCUAAAACAGCUUUACCCUUGUUGUUAACUUGUUACCACACACUCAUUUUAUCUGGGUUCUUCAAUUUUUUGCCUGGUGCUUGGUGAUUUAAUCAAUAUUUUCUAUGUUUUUCUA